GUCAGAACUCUCACGUGCACUUGGGGGAACCCGACUCUCUUUCUCUUUCUCUACAAACUCUGCACACUCCUCUCUUCUCUCUCUCUCAUCUCACUCAUAAACAAGUAGCAUCUCUCUCAAAAGACGCUAAAAGCUGAAUCUCUAAGAGAAGACUCAUAGAUUUUGGUUUUCUUCUUUCUUGCUUCCUUAUCUAAUCUUUUUGCAAUGGUGGACCUCAAAGAUCAAGACAUGGGAGAUGGUAUGCAAUGCACAACACAUCCUUACACAAAGAAUCCAGGUGGUAUCUGUCCACUAUGUCUCCAAGAGAAGCUCGGUAAGCUCGUCACUUCCUCUUUCCCUCUCCCUAAACCAAACCACCUCUCUGCUUCCUCUUCUUCUAAAUCCUUCUCUCCUUCUUCCACCACCACCUCUCUUGCUCUAUCUCUCUCAUCCGCAAGCAACAGCAAUAGCAAUAACAACAACAACCUCCCGUUUCUUCUUGCCAAGAAGAAGAGUAUGCUCGCAGCUGCUUCUUCAUCCUCUUCCUCUUCUUCAGCUAGUCUUAUCUACAAGAGAAGCAAAUCUUCAGCUGCUGCUUACGGUGAGAGUUUAAACCGGAAGAAACGAAGUGGGUUCUGGUCUUUUCUUCAUCUCUACUCUUCCAAACACCAAAUAGCUUCCACCACAAAAAAAGUUAGUCAUUCUUCGGUGCCAAGAAACCAGAGAACAGAGACAACAGAGACAACUAACAAGGUUGUUGUUGGUGGAGGCAUUGAUGUGAUAGCUGAGGAAGAAGAUGAGAGUCCUAAUAGUAACAAAGUGGUUGUAGAGACGCCAAGAAACGGUGUUGGGAGUGGUGGUGGAUCUUCUUUUGGGAGGAAAGUGUUGAGAUCUAGAUCUGUUGGUUGUGGAAGCAGAAGCUUCUCUGGUGAUUUCUUUGAGAGGAUCUCUAAUGGGUUUGGAGAUUGCGCCUUGAAAAGGAUUGAGUCACAGAGAGAACACACAAAGGUCAUUAGUAAUGGUGCUGAUGCAAUGAGUGAAAUGGUGAAAUGUGGUGGUAUCUUUGGUGGGUUUAUGAUCAUGACAUCAUCAUCAUCAUCAACAACUUCAGCAUCAUCAACAGUUGAUCAUCAUCAUCAUAAGAUGGGGAGUAAAAGCGCAUGGGGAAGGGCUUUUGCAAGUCCAAUGAGAGCCAAGACUACUACUCAUAAAGGUGGUAAUAUUACAGAGUCUUCAACUGAUAAAAACACAACUCCAAACUUGGGCUCAGUUCCUUCCUUGGUUACUAUGAAAAGCUAAGAGUUACAGUAUAAGUACUUUUAAUCUCUAUAUCAUAUUUCAUUCAUGUGAUUAGUUAGGCUGUUCUUUUGUUCUUUGGACAUUUGUUUGAUCUUUUGAGUACAACUAGUAAUGUAAUGGCAUACUAUUUUAUCUUUUUUUUUUUCAUUUCAUGUUUUUGGCCUAUUGGCUAGAUGUUGUUCAUCAUCAAUGAUUCAUCAUAAAAGCUUGAAACCUUUAGGAGAAUGAGCUUAGAAUACUUGCUGCUUUGUUUCAUUGGUUUUAAUAUUUUCAUAUUAAUGGAUUAUUACAAUGUAAUAAACACUUUCUAAU